AUGUCUGCGCUCGUGUUUCUGAACUUGCGUCGCCGCGAGACCCUCGAGGGCAAGCAGAGCGCCGCGCGCGAGGUCCUGGCCCAGGGCGUCGGCGCGGGUCCGACCCAGCAGGCCGAGGGCGUCUUCUCGUACGGCCUGUCGUCGGCCUGCGCGCACUAUCUCGACAUUGCGCUGUCUGAAAAGGCCGACGAGCUCAACACCUGGGCCAGCCAACGUGGCAAGCGCAUCACCAGCACCACCAUCCUCGACAAGCACCCGGAGACGCUCCGCCUGGAGCAGGGGAGCAUCAUGCGCACGCCCGACGACAGCGUGGCCGUGGUGCUGCCGCUGUCCGCGACCGCCGUGCAGGUCGAGGGCAAGGCGGCAAGUAGCGAGGAGCCGGCGACGACGACGACGCGGGCGACGUGGGAGCCCGAGGCCGCGAUGCUGGUCGCCGCCGGACAGGCGUUCUCGGUCGUGGAGGGCAGCGCGCACCUGGUCUACGUCGUGGUCAGGAUGCAGUCUGCUUGA